AGCUCUUUCAUCAGAAACAGGACCCAACGUGGGCUGUGGAUGUGGCAGCCCCCCGUCCUGUUCUGUCCUCCUGAAUACGUGUCCCUGCUCUCCUCCAAAAGUUUAUAGGCUGAUUCCUCUCUCCUCACAAGCACAGAGAUCUUGGUGCCAUGUUUACUCGACUGGCCUUGUGCUCCCGGCUGCCAUCAAGAGCCCGGAAACAGGUUUGUCCAGUGCCCAUCAGAGCUUUCUCACAAACCAAAUUUCCCCUCCCCCGCCCUCAUGGGAAGUCCUUUGCCCACCGUAGUGAGCUGAAGCAGGCCAAGCGCAUUGUAGUGAAGCUGGGCAGUGCUGUGGUCACUCGAGGAGAUGAGUGUGGGCUGGCACUGGGCAGACUGGCCUCUAUUGUAGAACAGGUGGCCAUGCUGCAGAAUCAGGGACGGGAGAUGAUGAUUGUCACAAGUGGAGCUGUGGCAUUUGGAAGGCAGAGACUGAGGCAUGAAAUUCUCCUGUCUCAAAGUGUCAGACAAGCUUUACAUUCAGGGCAGAACCAACUCAAAGAAAUGUCGCUGCCAAUGUUGGAGGCGAGGGCGUGUGCAGCUGCCGGACAGAGCGGUCUUAUGGCUCUGUAUGAAGCCAUGUUCACACAGUAUAGCAUCUGCACUGCACAAAUUUUGGUGACCAACUUGGACUUUCACGACGAGCAGAAGAGGCGUAACCUGAACAGCACCCUCCAGGAGCUGCUGCGGAUGAACAUCGUCCCGAUCAUCAACACCAACGACGCAGUGGUGCCUCCCCCUGUGCCCAGCAGUGACAUGCAGGGGGUAAAUGUCAUAAGCAUCAAAGAUAACGACAGUCUGGCCGCACGCUUGGCUGUGGAGAUGAAGGUGGACCUGCUGGUGGCUCUGUCUGAUGUAGAAGGUUUGUAUGACAGACCUCCUGGCAUCGAUGAUGCCAAACUUCUAGAUAUAUUUUACCCUGGAGAUCAGCAGUCCAUCACAUAUGGUAAUAAAUCCAGAGUGGGGAUUGGUGGCAUGGAAGCAAAGGUUAAAGCUGCUCUGUGGGCACUGCAGGGUGGUACAUCAGUCGUCAUUGCCAAUGGGACAGACCCAAAAGUCACGGGCCAUGUGAUCACAGACAUCGUGGAGGGAAAGAAAGUGGGAACGUUCUUUUCUGAAGUGAAACCUGCAGGUCCCACUGUGGAGCAGCAGACGGAGAUGGCCCGACAUGCAGGGAGGACACUGGCCUCUCUGGAUCCUGAACAGAGAGCUGAGAUUAUUUGCUGUCUUGCUGAGCUGCUCACAGAAAAGAAGGAAGAGAUUCUUAGUGCCAAUAAGAAAGACAUGGAAUUGGCCCUAACAUCAGGUCGUUUCUCCCAGGCCCUCAUAAACCGCCUGAGUCUAUCCACAGCUAAAUUGAACAGUCUGGCCAUUGGACUGCGUCAGUUGGCGGUGUCGUCCCGGGACAGUGUGGGCCGAGUGUUGAGGAGGACCAGAGUCGCCAACAAUCUAGAGCUGGAGCAGAUCACUGUCCCCAUCGGAGUCCUGUUAGUCAUCUUUGAGUCACGCCCCGACUGUCUACCCCAGGUAUCAGCUCUAGCAAUUGCCAGUGGAAAUGCUUUGCUCCUUAAAGGGGGUAAAGAGGCAUCCAACACAAACAAAAUCCUCCAUCAACUUGUACAAGAAGCAUUGUCCAUUCACGGGGUAACAGAUGCUGUACAACUGGUAAGCACACGUGAAGAAGUUGAGGACCUCUGCAGACUGGACAAAAUGAUUGACCUGAUUAUUCCAAGAGGCUCGUCUCAGCUGGUGCGGGACAUCCAAAGGGCAGCCAAAGGAAUACCUGUCCUUGGCCACAGUGAGGGAGUCUGCCAUGUUUAUAUUGACUCUGAGGCUAGCCUGGACAAAGCUAUUGAUGUUGUACGAGACGCCAAAUGUGACUAUCCUGCUGCCUGCAACGCUAUGGAGACACUCCUCAUUCACAGAGAUCUGCUCCGUACCCCAAUGUUUGACCAGAUCAUUGAUAUGCUGCGAACAGAAGACGUGAAGAUCCACGCUGGUCCCAGAUUUGCUUCUUAUCUGACCUUUAGCCCUUCAGAGGUCAAGUCUUUGAGGACGGAGUACGGAGACCUGGAGUGCUGUAUCGAGGUGGUAGACAGUAUGCAGGAGGCUAUAGACCACAUUCACAAAUAUGGCAGCUCGCACACAGAUGUCAUUAUUACUGAAAAUGAGGAGACUGCUGAACAAUUCUUGCAGCAGGUGGAUAGUGCCUGUGUUUUCUGGAACGCAAGCUCGCGUUUUGCUGAUGGAUAUCGCUUUGGACUUGGAGCGGAGGUUGGCAUCAGCACAGCAAGGAUACAUGCCCGAGGCCCUGUGGGACUAGAGGGGCUGCUCACGACCAAGUGGGUCCUGAGAGGAGAGGGUCACACUGUGGCUGACUUCUCUGAACAGGGCAGUAUGAAAUAUCUCCAUGAGAACAUCCCUGUCCCACAAGGAAGCUUCAAUUAGAGAUCAACAAAUGAAAAAGUUCUCAUUUAAGUGCAUUUGGUUUAAUGUCUGUCUCAAAGGUUUGUGUCUAUAGCACUUAAACAACCACUGCAGCAAUGUACACACAAGCAUUUUAGUCUCAGUAAAAAAUCAUAUUAAUAAGGGCAACAUUUCUGUAAAAGUUUACCUCAUUUGUGAAGAGAAUCAAUAUGGUUUUGUUUCCAAUAUACAACACACUUCAACUCCCUUUUUUAGACGUGACUGGUACAAAUGCUUUGGUGUUACUGAACAGAGGGGAAGGCCUGAGAUAUAAAGACAACAUAUGUUUUGGGUUCUACGGCUAAAGCACUUCCGUAAGACUGUAUCAAACAUUUUUAUACCAAAAGAAAAUACAUUAUUGGCCAACUGAUAAUUUUUAACUUAUUUUUCUAUAUUUGCAGCGCUCUUUUUGUCAAGUGUAGUUUGUGCAGUACUUCAUCCAUUCUUAUUGCUGUUCAUUCUACUUUGCACAAAUAGUUAAAUAAAUAUGUACAGUUAAAAUUGAA